AUUCUUCGACAAGCAGCAGCUAGGUUCGAUGUUAUUUGACGCAAAGAAACACUCAAACAUGGGAUACGUUUAACCAUUGGGAUGCUUGAAUAUUUAAGUAUUUGUUUUAUACCGGUAAGGUCUUUAGAGAUUUGAGUUUUUUGUUGUUGUAAGAUUAACGGUAGAGAUAUCGCGGGUUGUCUUUUCUGUGUUCCCACAGUUCCUAUUUUCUGCCGCAGUCAGAUAUUUUCACCUUAGUUAGCCAGAUAGUUAGAUUUUAGCCAGGUAGCUACAUAAGUUACCUUCCUUGUAAAUUACCACAACACCCGAAGUAACGUUAGCUAGUUAUCUCCUUGCUGGCUAACCAUGCUACUAGUUACAAGCUAGCGUUAGUUAUAUUGUCAGGCAGUACGGAUUUGAGUUGAUCUGUCGUUGAGGUUAAAGCAACGAGUUUAUAGCCAUCUGUUGUGUUUGUGUAGUUGUUGAUAGCUAAGUAACGUUAUUAGUGUUGGCAAGCUACUGAAGCUAGCUAGCUAACUAGCUAAUGUGUAGCCAAAUGCUAUCUAGCUAAAUAGCUUCCGACUGUCUGACAGUGUAUGAUUGCUAGGCAGUGGUUGAUUGGUCAAAUAAGCUUGACACCUUGCUACCUAGCCACCGUCGUUCGCAGAUAUCACAUCAACAGGCGAAUCUUGUAACCAAUUUAUGUUUCACGUUGGUCAGAGGGCUUGAGUUGGUGCCAGGCUGUGGAAAUCAGAGAAGGGAGGGGGUGGGUGAGAGAGUAGUGAAACGCACACAGUGUUCUUUGUGCCAGGGGUUUGGCCCAGUCUCCUCCAGCAAAGCGCAACACUAACUGCCCAGUCGGCUCUGUUCAGAGCUGCUUCAGAGCCAUGACAACUCAAAGGGAUGUCGAUAUGGUGAGUAUUCAUUGCAACCCAACACAAUCCUUAGUUACUGCAUAAGAUCCAAUGCUGUGCGUGUCUAAUAUUGACAUGGUUACAGUGCAUGUGAUGUUUUCCAUGUCAGAAUGUAUUUGGAGGCUAGUUUAGGAUCAGGGAUUAAUCAAACAGCUGCUGUUUCUGUAAUCACCAUCUGUCAAACUACAUUUUGAGAUUGCCCCACAUUUUUUGUAGAGGUGAGCCUUAAAGGCCCAGUGCAGUCAAACGUGAUUUUCCUCUGUUUUAUAAACAUUUCCACACUGAGGUUGGAAUAAUACUGUGAAAAUUAUAAUGCACUUUUAGUGUAAUAGCUGUUUUUCAGACUGCCUGAAAUGUCAGCAUGUUUCGGUGGGAGGGAGUUUUGGCCUUCCAUGGUGACGUCACCAUGCAGUAAAUUAGUUAAUAGAUCAAUCGAGUUCCAAACCUCUCUGCCGAUAACAGCUAAUUUUCAGUUUUCCCCCCUCCACUCAAAACAUUCCCAGACAGUUCUAGCGAAUUUCUUGCUUGAGAAAUUGUCCUUUGCUAAGAAGCUAUUUUAGUUUAUUUUUGACCAUUUUUUUACAUUCAAAACAAUCACAGCAAGCUCCUUAAUUGUUACCCAGAAAUGAUUUGAUAUUGAGAUAUAAAUGGCUGCAUUGGACCUUUUAACUGAUUUGUUUCCGAUCCCCAAAUCACAGCUCUACCCCCUUGGAUAUUGUUAAUCUCCAAACAAACCCAUAUGACCGGUGUUAAGACCAUUUACAUUUACGUCAUUUAGCAGACGCUCUUAUCCAGAGCGACUUACAAAUUGGUGCAUUCACCUUAUAGCCAGUGGGAUAACCACUUUACAAUUUAUUUAUUUUUUUGUCCAUGGCACUGUUGUGUUAAGGCAGGAAUGGAGAGGAGAUUGUAUCUAGGAACUGAGGAGAAUCAGUCAAAUUGAAAUCACAAUCUCAAAUCAAUGCAAAAGCUAGUAGGCUACUCUGGACUACCUGUGCUAUUGUACUGAUGCCAGCUUGUGGUGUUUUGGAGUCUGUCUACUUUUGUGUAUUUGGUAGAAUCCCUCAUUGUCACAUUUCUGUUCUCAAUGCACACAUGUUGCUGACCUUUUAUCUUACUUCAAAUCUGAGUUUUUGAAGUGCAUGUUUGUUUGUCUCUUGAUUGGCUAGUCUUAACAGGAUAUCCUUGAUGGAUAACAAAACAAAAACAAAAAAUUCUCACUAAGGGCGACUGGGCAGAUUCUAGUUUUGUUUGGUUGCAGAUAAAAGGGACGGGGGGGGGUAAAGCUUGUUAAUGAUGACAUGGGUAUGUAACCACACACGGAGAGGUUAUGCAGUUCUUAGGGGGGAGGGAAUGGGACUUCCUCUGCUUAGGGGGGUUGGCGUGUUUGUAAACGGAUCAGUGUAGGACAAUCCAGACAUCACACCUGGUGGCACACACUUGGUUCUGGCUUCCCUGAUUACCAACGAAGAAAGUUUAGGGUUAAAUGAACACAUUUUAAUAUCUGUUAAUGGAACUUUGAUAUUGGUCUCCAAACUAUAAUAGUGUUGGUAGGCCUAAUGGUUGGAACGCCAUGAUUUCCCAGCCAUUUGUUGGAUUCUGGUGGAAUACCAAUAUCUACUUUGGUGAAUUAUUUAUUUACGUGAGGCAGUGGUUGUGUGUGUGCAGCGUGUUACAAUCUGUCAGCUGAUGGCGAGGUGGAGACCGUGUGGCUUCCGGCCAUAAUGAUGCUUCCGAGCUUUUUUCCCUACCAGAGGUUCUGACCUGGGGCUGCUGCCACCACAGGAGGGAAGGCUUUGAGCCUGGGUCUCCUCCUGUGCAGGAGCUGCUGUGUAUGCUUAAGACUACUUACUGGUAGCGGAUGUUUUAUGAGUGUAGAAUUGAUGAGUUGGUAAUAGAUGCCAUUUACAUAGCCUACAUGGAGCAUCUGACAGGAAACCUCAGGGUUGCACUACCUCAUUCUACUUAAUGUGCAAUUGUUAUUUUUCAUAUUGCCCUAUAGGAUUUCAAUUUUCAUGUGACUUAUAUGUACAAUGAUUUCUCAGAAAUAAUCAGUUGGUGGUUUUAUUCAUCAUUUGAUUCAUUAUUCUCGGUGGCAUUUGGGAUUUGACUCAAUUCAGUGGACCAACUGCCUUACCUUGUUCAUUUGUCCUCCCCUUUCUCAGUUUGGUUUUCAAUGAGAGCGUUUAUUCCCAGCCAAACUUUGCACACAGCAUGUGGAUGAUGUAAUCGUUAAACCAAGGAGCGAUUUGAAAUCCAAGAAUUAAAAAAAAUGCAAUUACCCAAGUCUCCUAAAAAGUAAACCACUACCUUCCUUUUGGAUUCUGUAAAUGACUAAUAAAGAUGAAAUGGUCUCUGUUUGUUUUAGGAGCCUUUUUAAGGCUUUAGGGAAACAUGUCAUAAGGUUCUAGUACGAUUAGGGUAAUAUCAUGUCAAACACAUUUUCACCCAAAAAUUUUUUCGAUGGGUUCAUUUAGUGGACUGGGUGGGUACAUACACCACUACCCCCCAGGGUUACGCAUUGGCAAUAUAAAUGUGAUAAUGUGGCCCAGGGCUGUCUGGGACACCUGGGGUUAUCACAUUAGGCUGACAGCCCGGAGAGAGGAGCUGCUCCCUGCCUCAAGCCACUGAAGGCCCACUGUUCUCCCCCCUCCACCCCAUCACCCCCCAGCUCCACCCUUAUCUAUGCCUUGUCCUACUAUAGGGGCUCACUACACAACGAGCUCAGUCCUCUCUGAAGGAAGCAGCCCAGUGAAAGGGGCUGAGAUCUGCACCAGAGAAAUCUAAUUAGAUAGGAAUGCCAAUUUCGGUGCAGGCUUCCGAAGGUCAUCUCAUGUCAUUCGAGGUGAGAGAAAACGGAAGGAUUCCAUGUGAUUAGGCUAAGCUACAUGCUUCUCAUUGCUCGAUGGGGCGGAAAUGUAGACUUUAUUAUACUGGAAUUUUGUGGGAUUUCUGUGGAGCAUGUGUAGGAUUAAUAAGAUGUUUUGUUUGGGCCAUUCCAGGUGAACCUGCGUCUUAUCCUGGUCAGUGGGAAGACACAAGACUUCAUCUUCUCCCCCAACGACUCGGCCAUGGACAUCGCCAAGCACGUCUUUGAUAACUGGCCCUUGGGUGAGUUUUUGUGCAUGUUGGGAGGUGGACCAGGAAACAACCACGUCACUGUCUUGUUUUACAGUGGGGGAAAAAAGUAUUUAGUCAGCCACCAAUUGUGCAAGUUCUCCCACUUAAAAAGAUGAGAGGCUUGUAAUUUUCAUCAUAGGUACACGUCAACUAUGACAGACAAAAUGAGAGAAAAAAAUCCAGAAAAUCACAUUGUAGGAUUUUUAAUGAAUUUAUUUGCAAAUGAUGGUGGAAAAUAAGUAUUUGGUCAAUAACAAAAGUUUCUCAAUACUUUGUUAUAUACCCUUUGUUGGCAAUGACACAGGUCAAACGUUUUAUGUAAGUCUUCACAAGGUUUUCACACACUUGCUGGUAUUUUGGCCCAUUCCUCCAUGCAGAUCUCCUCUAGAGCAGUGAUGUUUUGGGGCUGUCACUGGGCAACACGGACUUUCAACUCCCUCCAAAGAUUUUCUAUGGGGUUGAGAUCUGGAGACUGGCUAGGCCACUCCAGGACCUUGAAAUGCUUCUUACGAAGCCACUCCUUCGUUGCCCGGGUGGUGUGUUUGGGAUCAUUGUCAUGCUGAAAGACCCAGCCACGUUUAAUCUUCAAUGCCCUUGCUGAUGGAAGGAGGUUUUCACUCAAAAUCUCACGAUACAUGGCCCCAUUCAUUCUUUCCUUUACACGGAUCAGUCAUCCUGGUCCCUUUGCAGAAAAACAGCCCCAAAGCAUGAUGUUUCCACCCCCAUGCUUCACAGUAGGUAUGGUGUUCUUUGGAUGCAACUCAGCAUUCUUUGUCCUCCAAACACGACGAGUUGAGUGUUUACCAAAAAGUUCUAUUUUGGUUUCAUCUGACCAUAUGACAUUCUCCCAAUCCUCUUCUGGAUCAUCCAAAUGCGCUCUAGCAAACUUCAGACGGGCCUGGACAUGUACUGGCUUAAGCAGGGGGACACGUCUGGCACUGCAGGAUUUGAGUCCCUGGCGGCGUAGUGUGUUACUGAUGGUAGGCUGUGUUACUUUGGUCCCAGCUCUCUGCAGGUCAUUCACUAGGUCCCCCCGUGUGGUUCUGGGAUUUUUGCUCACCGUUCUUGUGAUCAUUUUGACCCCACGGGGUGAGAUCUUGCGUGGAGCCCCAGAUCGAGGGAGAUUAUCAGUGGUCUUGUAUGUCUUCCAUUUCCUAAUAAUUGCUCCCACAGUUGAUUUCUUCAAACCAAGCCGCUUACCUAUUGCAGAUUCAGUCUUCCCAGCCUGGUGCAGGUCUACAAUUUUGUUUCUGGUGUCCUUUGACAGCUCUUUGGUCUUGUCCAUAGUGGAGUUUGGAGUGUGACUGUUUGAGGUUGUGGACAGGUGUAUUUUUAUACUGAUAACAAGUUCAAACAGGUGCCAUUAAUACAGGUAACGAGUGGAGGACAGAGGAGCCUCUUAAAGAAGAAGUUACAGGUCUGUGAGAGCCAGAAAUCUUGCUUGUUUGUAGGUGACCAAAUACUUAUUUUCCACCAUAAUUUGCAAAUAAAUUCAUUAAAAAUCCUACAAUGUGAUUUUCUGGAGAGAAAAAAAUCUCAAUUUGUCUGUCAUAGUUGAUGUGUACCUAUGAUGAAAAUUAAGUGGGAGAACUUAAACAAUUGGUGGCUGACUAAAUACUUUUUUCCCCCACUGUAUAUUGAGUUGUAUUGCAGAAUUAAUCAGGUCACUUCAACUUUCUGAAUUAUUCUUUCUGUGUCUGAUUUAGAAACUAUAAUGGGCAUACUUCUGUUUCUUGUCAUGAAGACCACUUUGAAGUCCUUUACUGUUAUUCUAGGAACAGCUGUGUUGGACAAUGCCUUGUGUCAUAACACUUUAUUCCAUCUUCAAACCCCUGAUGAUGGCAGUAAUGUUUGUGUGGGUUCAACCACUGCAGGAAGUGUCUGUCUGAAUGUCUGGCGCUAGUGAUAGACCUUUCCCCCUGUGCUUCUGAGUGUUGCUGUAAUGUUGUCUCAUUGCUCCAUCAGGAUGGGAGGAGGAGCAGGUGAGCAGCGCCAGCAUCCUACGCCUCAUCUUCCAGGGACGGUUCCUGCAUGGCAACGUCACCCUGGGAGGUACUGGAUGGACCCUCUUAUACAAUCACACACCACCAUUCUACAUGUCUGAAAUUCACUAGUGAAUACUGUGAUUGAAUGACCUGUAUCCUUUGAAAUUCAGUAUGUUUUUUGAAAAAGCUAGAGUCGAUGUCUGUGCCCCCGUGGACAUCAAAUUAGCAUAAUAAAAACAUCCAACUGUUUUAAGUAAGAUAUAUUUGGUAUUUUGCAUGGGCUGUGUCUCAAUCCACCGCAUCCGUCAACGGUGGCCUUAGACUCUAGAGGUUUACCCGUGCCACAGUUAAGGACAUUCACUCUAAUUAAUGAAUCUUCAAAUAUGGAGAAUGGGCAUUCUGAACAUGUUUAGUAAUACCGUAAUUAAAGGAGGAUUAUCUUGUGAUUAUAUAUUCUGCAUAUUAAUUGUUCAUUGUGUCUCUGUCCUUUUGUUUUCUAAGCUUUAAAGCUGCCCCCUGGCCGAACAACUGUCAUGCACUUGGUUGCCAGAGAGACCCUGCCAGAGCCUAACUCCCAUGGUGAGAACCUCUCUCUGUCUGUUUCUGUCUCCUCUCAUCUCAAGGAGGUCAACCCAUCCCAUCACCUAGCUGUCAGGGACAAUGUUGAGCUGUAAUUUCUACAGCUUUAGGCCUUAUUGUCCCUUUAAACCGGAAAGUCUUAUGAUAUUUGCUCUCAAGUUGUCGCAUUGCAGUUGUCUCACCUCAAGUUUCUUUCUGUUGUCCUGGUCUUUGUAGGUCAGCGUAACAGGGAGAAGACCACGGAGAGCAACUGCUGUCUGCUCUUGUAAAGACAACAACAAUCAUCCCCUUCCUUAAC